CUGCCCCCACCGCUUCCCGGCAGCGGGCCCAGCAUGGCGGGCCUGGGCAGCCUCCUGCUGCUCGGCCUGCUUCUCGCUGCCCCGCCGGGGCCGGCGCUGGGGCUGGGGCUGGGGCCCGGGCGGCGGCAGCGGCCACCCCCUCCCCAGAGCCCACUGGAGAAGGUGGCGGCUCAGGAGAAUCUCAGCCUCCCCCAGCUUGCAGGGAGGUGGUUCCUGGUUGGCAUGGCCUCCCGCUGCAGCUACCUGGCAGAGCACAGCCACAGGCUCGAGGCCACGGCGGUGACGGUGACCAUCCUGGAUGGGCAGAGCCUGGCCAUCAGCACCUUCAGGAAGCUAGACGGGAUGUGCUGGGAAAUCAGGCAGCGCUAUCUCCCUGCCCAGGCCCAUGGACGCUUCCUCCUGAAAGGUCGUGGGUAUGGCAGCAAAGUGGACGUAGUGGUGGGUGAGACAGACCACAGCAGCUACGCUAUCCUCUAUUACCAGAAGGGCCGAAGCAUCUCUGUCAAACUCUAUGGACGGACCAGCCGGGUCAGUGACACUGUUGCGGACAAGUUUGAGCAGCAUGUCAGAGCUGUGGGCCUGAGCGAAGAUGUGACCUACUACUUCCCCACAUACGGGUUUUGCGACUCUGCAGACGAGUUUCACACCCUUGAUGAAACGAAGCCAUAGGUGUAGACGCUGUUGCUAGGAGGUCCCCAGAGCUCAGCCUUCACCUCAUCCAGCCAUCCAUGGUCAUGCAGGACUGAUCCAGGGUUUGGUCAGACCCUGCAGCUGCUCUACAGCUCUGGAGCCAGCCCUGGGGCUCUCUGGCUCCUCCAGCUGCACUGGCAGCCAUGCCUGUCCUUGUCCUGUCCCCCCACAGCUUUGUGCCACCCCUCUGCCCUGCACCCCAGUGCCCUGCAGCAGCCAGCAACACCCCAAUAAAUGCCUCAGAGAAAAA